UUAGCUUCCACAGCAAUGAGUCCUUCACUGCUCAAGCUUGGUGCUGUCCUUAGUACCAUGGCUAUGAUUUCUAACUGGAUGUCCCAAACGCUCCCGUCACUGGUAGGACUGAAUACCACCAGGCUGUCCACUUUUAACAAGCUAACUCAAAUCAGUCCCAAGGAAGGGUGGCAGGUUUAUAGUUCCGCGCAAGACCCCGAUGGACGAUGCAUUUGUACCGUGGUCGCCCCAGAACAAAACUUAUGCUCCAGGGAUGCUAAAAGUAAGCAGUUAAGGCAACUGCUUGAGAAGGUUCAGAAUAUGUCUCAGUCCAUUGAAGUUUUAAAUCUACGGACUCAGAGGGAUUUCCAGUAUGUUUUGAGAAUGGAAACACAAAUGAAAGGACUGAAGGCUAAGUUCCGACAAAUUGAAGAUGACCGGAAGACCUUAAUGACCAAGCAUUUUCAAGAAUUGAAGGAAAAGAUGGAUGAUCUUCUACCACUGAUACCAGUUCUGGAGCAGUACAAAACGGAUGCCAAGUUAAUCACCCAGUUCAAAGAGGAGAUCAGAAACCUGUCUUCGGUACUUACUGGAAUCCAAGAGGAAAUUGGCGCUUACGAUUAUGAGGAGCUACAUCAGCGAGUCCUCAGUUUGGAAACCAGGCUUCGGGAUUGCAUGAAAAAACUAACCUGCGGCAAAUUGAUGAAAAUCACUGGUCCCAUUACAGUCAAGACAUCUGGAACCCGAUUUGGAGCUUGGAUGACAGAUCCAUUAGCAUCCGAGAAAAACAACAGAGUCUGGUAUAUGGACAGUUACACCAACAACAAAAUUGUCCGCGAAUACAAAUCCAUAGCAGAUUUUGUCAGCGGCGCAGAGUCCAGGACAUACAAUCUCCCUUAAUGGGCAGGAACCAAUCAUGUUGUCUACAACGCUCUCUAUUUCAACAAGUAUCAGAGCAACAUCAUCAUCAAGUAUAAGCUUUGAUAUGGGCAGGUGCUUGCUCAGCGCAGCCUGGAGUACGCUGGCUUUCACAACGUCUACCCUUACACCUGGGGCUUCUCGGAUAUCGAUCUGAUGGCCGACGAGAUAGGUCUGUCUGUCUACGCAACCAAUCAGAACGCCGGCAACAUUGUCAUCAGUCAGCUGAACCAGGAUACCUUAGAAGUGAUGAAAACCUGGAGCACCGGGUACCCCAAGCGAAGCGCCGGGGAGUCUUUCAUGAUCUGUGGCACCUUGUACGUCACCAAUUCCCACUUAACCGGAGAGGUCUACUAUUCGUACUCGACAAAAACCUCCACGUAUGAAUAUACAGACAUACCUUUUCACAAUCAGUAUUUCCAUAUAUCGCUUGACUACAAUUCCAGAGAUAGAGCUCUCUAUGCCUGGAAUAAUGGGCACCAAGUCCUAUUCAACGUCACUCUUUUCCACAUUAUUAAAACAGAAGAUGACACAUAG